UGGAUUUGAUGAGGGGACAGGUCGAACACUGAUAAAGACGGUAACUAGCUAGUAAAGGAGUGCACGGGGAAAGAUGAUGACUGACAGGCGACAGACAGGUGAAGAUGACAGCUGUUAUUGACUGAAUGACACUUUUUAUUUUUGCCUUUGACAGUGUGUGAAUAACACUUUGACUCCAAGAUUCUGCAGAAACCAGUUGAUCUGRGUGGGCAUCUGAUCUGCACAGAGCAUCAUACACACACAUCAUCUGUAGGCUGGCCAGGUGUAAGCUACAGGUUUAGGCACAGAUGCYUAUAGAUGGGACAGAGGGACAGGUCCAGGCUAACAAACAGGUAUUGGGGAUGAAGGAGAGAGGGCAGGUACCAGACAAAGAUCCCUGGCCAGUGGCCCCAGAGGUCAGAAAGAUGGGGGUUAAGGGACCCAGCUUUAAGCCCCAAAUGGAGGGGGUGAAGCGGACUCUGAGGGUGACGAACCCCUUGGCUCGGGAGUGUUUGGGAGAGCUGAUGGGAACAUUUGUUCUGCUGAUGUUUGGCUGUAGUGCAUCAGCCCAGGUGAAGACCAGUAGAGAGACUAAGGGACAGUACCUCUCAGCCAACAUGGCCUUCUCUGUAGGGGUCAUGUCUGCCAUGUACCUCUGCAAGGGGYUCUCAGGAGCCCAUCUGAACCCACGCGUCACUCUGAGUUUCUGUUCGUUGGGCAGGGUGCCCUGGGUGAAGCUGCUCCCAUACACUCUGUGUCAAGUGCUGGGAGCUUACCUGGCCUCUGGCCUGGUCUUCCUGGUCUACUAUGAUGCUAUCAUGGACUUCAGUGGAGGGAAUUUGACAGUGUAUGGGGCUAAUGAGACGGCGUCCAUCUUUGCCACCUAUCCCGGAGAGCACCUAUCUCUCAGCAGCAGCAUCCUAGACCAGGUGGUGGGCACUGCCAUGUUGAUGCUCUGCAUUCUCCCAUUGGAUGACCAGAAGAAUAGUCCUGCCCCCGACGCUCUGAUCCCGCCCAUCGUUGCCGUGGUAGUCCUGGGGAUCGGCAUGUCGAUGUCGUCCAAUUGCGGCGGAGCGAUAAACCCUGCCCGUGACCUGGGGCCACGCCUCUUGACACUGACCGCCGGCUGGGGCACUGAGGUGUUCACGUGUUAUAACUACUGGUUCUGGGUUCCCAUGAUGGCUCCUCUGCUGGGAGGGAUGGUGGGCUCUGGGAUGUAUCUGGUCUUCAUCGCAUGGCACCUGCCUGACCUUCCAACGAACCCCCCCAUAGACAGCUUCUCUACCAAGCCCACCACGGAGGUGUGGACGCAGCCCCCAGCACCAGAGAAGGAAGGGGUGGAGUUGAAAACUGCUGUGUUCUAGAAAGGGUAGAGACAGUCAGACUGUUGAAGUGAGAAUGUGCGCAUUGAGCGGAAAUCUUUUCAUUUGAAUCACUGAAUUCCAYCUGACUUGCAAGAGACUCCUACUAGAUGUGACCCACUGGGCAAAAACUGGUGAAUCAACGUUGUUUCCAUGUCA